AUGCGGUUUGCUUCAAGGAAGAAUGGAAUGAAGAAGACCCUUUGUCAAAGGAGGGGCAGAGGUCUUGUGGAGGCACGAAGUAUGACCAUGAGGGUCAGAAGACCUCUACAAGGGACCUUCAGAAAGACAAUCCGAUCGUAUGCCACUCAAUCGACGAAGCCAAAGAAAACAAGAAAAGGAAACCAUUUCUUCUCUGGCUGUGGAGGCACGAAAUAUGACCAUGAGGGUCAGAAGACCUCUACAAGGGACCUUCAGAAAGAAAAUCCGAUCGUAUGCCACUCAAUCGACGAAGCCAAAGAAAACAAGAAAAGCAAACCGUUUCUUCUCUGGCUGUGGACGUAA